AUGGCAACCGAAACCCUGAUCUACGGGUAAGCGGACAAAGAUGCCAGCCAGGACGCCGAGUAUGACCUCAUGGAGAGGAGCACUGACAGCGGCUCCAGCACCGACAGGGAUCCCGGCAGAACUGAGCAUGACGCAGACGCCAGCUCUGCAGGGGAGGUUAAUCCGGACGGCGAAGCACCCCACAGAGCCGACUUCGACACCGACCUUGAGGCCUUCCAAACCUGCCUUU